AUCCAAAUCCCACUCUCUUUCAAUUCUUGACAUUCGUUCAACAUACACCAGUCUUUACCAUUCACAAUGCCUUUCAACAUGCGUCUCUUCUGUUUGACCGCCCUUCCACUCGCAGUCUUGGGUGCCGUUAAGCGCGAUGUCUCUCCUGCUGCAACUUUCCAGCUAUACGCAUAUGGCGAUGAAUUCGGUGGCUUCCCGCUUUUCUAUGCCGACGGUCUGGCAUAUGUUGGCGACCCAAACGCUUUCAACAGCUCAGAUGCUGCUGUAGUGACUUUCCAAACGGACGCCACUCGUCACUUUGUCGGAAACCCCAACACCACACUCAAUCAGCACACACCCACCUGGUCCAAAGUCAACCUGUUUGUGCCGUCUCAGUCCUCAAAUGACACGCGCGUUGGCUUCCUCCCUCCCAACGAUGGCGCCGGCAACGACACAAUUGAUACCUCUGGCUUUUCUUUCUAUGGCUCAACGGCUAUGCUCAUCGGUGAUGAUGGUUCCUUGAUGAGCGCUUUCUACGGUGCCAAGGUGCAAGAUAAGGUGUAUGAGUUGCGUUGGAAUGAGACUGUUGGGACGUCACCGUUAUCGCUUAGGAGCAUGGCACCUAGUAACCCGGGGAAGAUGCAUAGUUGAACAGAGUGUAUUAGACACGUAGUAGAUCAAUGAAGAGAAUGUCUGGUGUCAUCCGA